UACUCCCCAAUUGUAUCCUCCUCUUGGUAACUCAAAAAUUCUCCUUGAAACCCGAAGGCAGAGAUGAUUCGGGGUUUUGCAAGAACCCUAACCCUAACAACAAAUUUAAGUUCCUACAAUCUUCGUCACCCAUUUUCUUCUUCAACCUUCGCAAUAAAAAAUGUAACCAGAGAUAACUUCGAUUCAGUUUUUGAAAAUCUCAAAAACCAUAUCAAACAAGCUGAUUUCGUCUCUGUUGAUCUUGAAAUGACUGGAGUCACUAGCGCUCCUUGGAGGGAUUCAUUUGAUUUUGAUCGAAAUGAUAUACGUUAUCUCAAAAUCAAGGAUUCUGUUGAGAAAUUUGCUGUGGUUCAGUUUGGUGUUUGCCCAUUUCGAUGGGAUGAUUCUAAGAAAACAUUCGUAGCUCAUCCGCAUAAUUUUUAUAUAUUUCCAAGAAAGGAGCUUCCAUUCUACGACGGUCCGGCGGAAGAAUUCCUUUGUCAAGCAACUUCAAUUGAUUUCUUGGCUAAAUACAAAUUCGAUUUUAAUGCUUGCAUACACCAAGGAAUAUCAUAUUUAUCCAGAGAACAAGAAGCUGAAGCACGGGGUCGUUUGAAGUUGGUGUAUGAUGAAUCUAAUUUGGCAUCCAACUUGGAAGAAUUUAGUGACAGUACUCUGAUUAGUAAUGCUGAUAUUCUUUUUACAUGUCGGUUGAAGAAGUAUUUGGAGGAAUGGCGUGAUAGAUUACUGAUGAAUACGAAUGGAGGGGUACAGAUUGACGAAAAUCUGAAAGACUUAAUGCCAAUGUUCGAGACUGUUUUCUACAAGAUGCGUCCAGCCCUAAGAUUGAAGGGUUUCACUUCUCAUCAGCUAAGAUUGAUUCAACUGAUCACUACAAAGCACUUUCAAGAUCUUGCUUUUGUUCAUGCAAAUGGUGAAAGUUCCUCUAAAGAAAACCUACUUGUGUAUACAGAUUCUGAGGAUGGUGGAGACGUGGUUAUGAAAGAGGUCAGCGAUGACUUACACAAGGAGGCAGAAAUGAAGCUAAAAGCUGCGACGGGCUUUCGUCGUGUUAUUGAUCUCCUUUCCUCAGAACAAAAGUUGCUAGUUGGUCAUAAUAGCUUUUUAGAUAUGGCACACAUAUACAGCAAAUUUAUUGGCCCUCUUCCUCCAACAAUAGAUGAAUACAUAUCUUCCGUCCAUAAAGUCUUUCCCUACAUUAUUGACACAAAGCUCCUACUGAAUACUGACUCUGUAAUUCAGCGUUUGAUGAAGAAACAAAGCACGUCACUGUCUUCAGCCUUUGCUCUUUUGUGUCCACAAAUUGCAGUGUCCUCAGAAGCAUCAGUUAAGGGUCUGAAAAUUGAAGUUCGAGUGGAUGAUAUGAGGUCUUCUAACUGGAACUCAGGAGCCAAUCAUGAAGCUGGUUAUGAUGCUUUUAUGACUGGGUGUAUCUUUGCUCAGGCAUGCAGUCAUCUAGGAAUUGGGUUUGAUAAUAAUUCCCUGGCGAAAGGGUUGGCUGAGCAUGAGAACCUCCAGAAGUACAUCAACCUUCUAUACCUCAGUUGGAACAAUGGGGCCAUGAUUGAUCUGCGCACAGGGAAUGAAAGUUUCGAAUUAUUGACUCAGCAAAACCCCAAACAACGUUAUUCCAGAAUUUUAUUUGAGAAUGUUGUCUUAAUUUGGGGAUUUCCAUCAAAAUUAAAAACGCGAGAAAUAAAAGACUGUGUGACUAAAGUCUUUGGUUCAGACAGUGUAACUUCAGUGUAUUACUUGGAUGGAACUGCAGCCUUUAUUCAGUUCAGCAAGAAAGAACUUGUAUCUGAUUUCCUCGAUCGGAAGGAAGCCAUAACUGAAAGUGAUCCUACUUUGGUUUUACAUCCUCUCCCUAAAUUGCUUGGAGGUGGGAAAACCCAUGCUGCCAAGUAUGAUGUAUACAAAGAGAUUUGUAGUUCUUCCUUGUCAGAAAAGUUGUUUUCAGAUCAGGCCGAGGCACUUGGUAUUAAGUAAACAAGAUAUAAAAACAGCAAAAGAAAUUGGAGAAAGUGCCAGUAGGUGAAGGUGUCAGACACGGUUUUGUACUGUAGUUUGAAAUUUUGUAAGGGAAAUGCUUGAAAUUAUUUGGCAGAGUUUUGUACUGUACAUAUAUUAAUCUAGCAGUAGGUGCCAGUAAGGUGUCUUAUGGGUAGUUGACUGAUCCUGCAGAAAUUCAUGUGAUAAAUUUUGAUAAAUUUAAGGAUUUUA